UAUAUUUCAGGUUCCAAUAUUGGGUGUAUCUUGAUUCCCUAUGCAUACCAUACACUAUUUGCAGUUUGUGUCGAGGUCUCUGUUUUAUCCCUUAACAUAGAUUCACAUAUUCUCUUUGCAGAGAAUGAAUGCCCUGAUCCCGGGAGACCUGAUAAUGGUGACCGAUUUGGAGAUUUUAAAGUUGGAAGCACUGUUCGCUUUUCCUGUCAGUACGGAUUUGUACUGCGUGGUUCCAGAGAGAGAACUUGUAUGGAAAAUUUAGAAUGGAGCGGACACUUGACAACCUGCCAGGAUGGAAGUAAGCGAUUACCCAAUGGCUUAAGUGGUGGUUGUCCGUUAUAAAAAAUAUCGUUUGGCCAAUAUUUGAAAAACAUUACUGAGACACAAUUUGAAUAUUUCAAUUAGCUUAUUUCCACACGCUUUUCUCCACAAAAACGUAGUCUAAAAUGUCGAUGAGGUAAAUUUGGGGGAUUAAGAUGAAAGUACUCUCCAAAGUUUAAGUUUAGAAGAAGUCAUUAAUGCAUGAGAACAUGAGAAGGUAUCAAAAGUUGUCAGUUCCACCACAACGUUAAAGAUGUUUGUUAGUUAAAAUGGUCUAAAAAAAUGAACCUUUGACACAUUUCUUAAUAUGAAUGUUAUUAUUCGUUGAUUUCACAGACCGCAAAGUACAAUCGCAUAGUACAAUGUGUAAAGAUAGCGCGUUCAAAAACUGUCCGCUUUUAUUUCAAAAUCAUAAUAGAUUCUACAUGGGCCAAUCAAGGUUAAAAGUGACCGGGUAAGCCUAGGCAAGCCUAUUGUUCCUAUUGUUAGAGAGACGCUCAUUACACAUGGAGGAAGAUAGUUGUUAGUAUGCGGGAAGACCCUCAUUAGUAUGGGGGAAGACAGCUGUUGGUAUGCGAGAAGACCCUCAUUAGUAGGGGCGAAGACAGUUGUUAGUAUGCGGGAAGACGCUCAUUAGUAUGGAGGAAGACAGUUGUUAGUAUGCGGGAAGACCCUCAUUAGUAUGGCGAAAGACACUUAUGCAUAUUAAUAAAAGCAAGACUUUCAUCCCUCUAUCACUACUGCCCACGCUCUAACCAACUUUGCCAGUCUUGCUCCUUUAUUUACUUCAGUAAAUGUGGUGGUCGAGUCCCGAGUCUGUCUUCUUCAGCACUUAGCCUUAACCACCAUUUAAUACUUUGAAUCUACUGUACAUGUUCUGUUAGUUUUCACGGGUAAAAAGCUUCAACUAACAGACACUAUCUGUUCUAGAAUUCAUAGAAUGUCUUUUGAUUCUGCCUUUUAUAAUUGAGAGAGAAUUAUGUAACAGUGCAGAUUUAACUCGUUAUCACCUUGUUAGUACAUAAAUUCCUGUGGAGAAACAUUAAAGCAACGCUUUUGAAAUACAUAUAAGGCAAAAUAUCUAACUUGUGCUCGAUUAGCAGCCGUCAAAGGCUUGUAUCCUUCCGUUCUUUUCAAUGUCAUAACUUUUCUGUGGAGGCUAAAUUGCAAAAUACUCAGUUAUGGCUUUAUUAUUUUUUAAAGUAGAGACUUUUUUCUCCUGAUUUUCAAUAAUAUGUUAAAUAUCUAUUUGUUGUUAAAAAAUUUAAAUUUUAAAGAAGAAAAGCUAAAAGGAAUGCAAUGUUGAAAAGAAUGAAGCGGUGGUAAGAUAAUGAUGAAGCGUUAAGCACGUGGAUUAACUUUUGAUGAGUUAAAGUGUACUUGCAGAUACUGACUGUCCAGUUCUUGGCACACCCAUAAACGGGCGGAAAUAUGGAAGUAGAUACAAUCUUGGAGACAUUGUGUUACUUGAAUGCAAUGAAGGAUUUGUUCUGAAAGGCUCAGCGGCUAGACGAUGCAUGGAAAAUGGCACAUGGAACGGAACAGAAGUGAUAUGUAGAGGUAACCUAAACCAAAGUUGAUGACAGCUGAUGUAGACUUUGAUUGAUAGCGUAUGUAACAUGGUUUUUAAUGUCUGAUUACAAUCUGAAACGAACAUAGUCCGCGAAUCAGGCAGUUUUUGGGGGUGUAGUUCUCGUUGUGGUUCGUGAAUCAAGAGAUGCAGCUGCAUCAAGUCGCAUGAAGGCUGAGCAGAGGUCAAACGAGUUCUUCUCUUUGUCUUCUUCCUAUCGCCCCUUUCCCCUAGUUCUGUCGUUUGAGCUCGGUUUGCGGCUGUAUUUCUUACUCUAUGAACCACAAUCGAUAAACACAGCAAAAAACACUUGAUUCGCAGUCCAAACAAACAUAUUUUAAAGUGAUGACGUAAUUGGGACGUCAUAUCACGUCACAAAUAACACCUUUACUUUCAGUCUGUCAGUUGGUCAUUUUCAACUUCUUUUACUGGUCAAUGCGGGUUCUACUGAUCUAAUUUCUCCUAGAAAUCAUUCUGAAUUCUGUGACUUUGGUAUGGUUAGCCAAGACACUUUCAAAGAAUAUACCCGAAAGUGAGCGCUUAAGUCGUGAAAUCUCGAUCCUAUACCUGCCUCAGUGAUGAAAAACUGUUUAGAUAUGCUGUUGCCUGAAUAACGAAAAUGCACUCAAGAUUGCUGAGCGGCUACCACCCCUCAAGAAACCUUAUGCUUCUUUUACGAACUACUCUAAUUUUCGUCCGAUCUCGAAUUUGACAGCCUAUGUUUCUACCCACCACCUAGAUGAAUAGUUCCAGUCAGCUUACAAGCUCUAUCACUCUACUGAGACUGCUCUUAUUAGAGCGCAGAAUGACAUUCUCUUUACCAUUGACAGCUGAACCAUUCUGUGAUUCUAUUAUUAUUCGAUCUUUCUGCGGCUUUCGUUAGUGUAGAUCAUUUUAUUCUGUUAUCGAAAUUAUCAUACCGAUUUGGUAUUAAUGGUACGGUCCUGGGUUGGUUUGACUCCUAUCUAAAAUCUUUUAAGUACUAUGUCUAAGUCGAGAAAUGUAAGUCGACUACGCGUUCCUCAAGGGUCGGUCUUCGGCCCCUUUGUUAAUGUAUUAUGGCAAAGCGUCUCCCUGAAACACAUGCGUAUGCGGAUUAUAUUUUUCUUUUAAACCCGACUCCUCUAACUCUCAGGGGGAGCUAUCAAAGUGAUUGAGGAAUGUAUUUCAGAGGUUCGCAUUUGGAUGGUCUCUCAUCGGCUAUUAAUUAAGACUUUCAUUAAUUUAGACUUUCUUAUCAUCGGCUCUUACCAGAAGUUAUCCAAGGUUUCCACUGAGUCAAUUGCUGUCGGUACCUCUGUUAUUAAACCUGUGGAGUGUGUCCGUAAUCUGGGUGCAUGGUUUGAAAAUCAUAUGUCUAUGGAUACUCAUGUUGUCAAAGUUUGUAGUAAAUUAAAGCUUUUCAUGGCCUAUAUACCAUCAGGCAAAUAAGAAAGUUUCUUUCUGAAGAAUCAACUAAGAUUUUGUAAAUAGAUGUGUAAUAAUUAUUUAUGUUUGUUGCAGAUGAGGUAGAGGACCGCUUUAAAAACGUUAACGAGACUGCCUUUAAUCUUCGCAAAAACAUGAUUGACAUGUUUUUGGAAUAUGCUUGUAACAACGAAAACGACACCAGAUGUAACAAAACAAGAGCUCAAGGCAUGGACUCUCGGGGACGAUCUAUUAACUUAAAUUCCGAUGGUGGACUAGAUCUAGUGUUUGUUAUCGAUGCCUCCAGCAGUGUGAAAAAAGACGGAUUUCACAAAGGUUUGAAAUUUGCUAAAGAACUUGUAAGGACCAUUGGUGCCAGCAAAAGGUACGACAUCUUUAGAGCUUUUAUUUCCAGGACUUAAUUUGAGACCGAGGUGCUUUUUUUUCCCGUCCUUUCUGAUCUGUUCUGUAUUUUUUUUUUUUUUUUUAAUUUUUAGGUUUUUUUUUCGGGUGUUUUUUUUUGUGUCCGUUGUUUUUUUUUUUUCUUUUUUUUCAGCUGUUUUGUUUUUUUUUUUUUUUUUUUAAAUAAGCCUCGAUGGCCAAGUAGAACAAAAGAUAUUGUUUUACUUGAACGGCUCGUUUAGUAGGGACCAGUAGGAACAAGAGUAACUCUUAGUAACCCUUGACCCUCUAGUUCACUUCUUCUUCUAAAUUUGGGCAGGAUUUCACUAAGUUAAGUGAAAGGUUGACCAAAUGUUUGCCCACGUUUCGGGUCAAACUGGCUUACAAAAUACAAGUAACACAACAGAAUGAAUCAUUUCCCCGUCGUGUCGACCGGUAGGAUCACCAACCAAUAUUAUGACCCCAGAUCUCAGAUCUAAAAAAUGAAUGUCAUUACUUUAAUAUAUGAUUAGAAAAAGAAAUAAACUUGCUUACUUGCUUACCAUCUCCAGGAGUGAUGGGACUCGAAUAGCGCUUGUAACGUUUGGAACGGAAGCUAAGCUUGAAUUCAACCUUGGAGAUGCCGAAGUGGACACAAUGAAGAAAGUCAUUAAAGCCAUCAGUAAAGUAAAAUACACUGGAGGGGCUACUGCCUCUUCCUUUGCCUUACGACUGGUCAGAACCGUUGUUGUGCCAAAUGCGCGUGGCGACAGCAAGCGAGCAAUGAUUUUCAUCACAGACGGAAAGUCUAACGUUGGUGGACCCCCGAAGAGAGAAGCAGCGAUUCUCAGAGACGAUGAAAAUUUCGAAAUUUACGCUGUUGGUAAGUAGUUAAAUUCUUGUCAAUGAUAUGACGUUCAUUUCACUAAAAAUGGAAGGACUGUUGAAUCUGUAUUUAUCUUUUGUAACCUUCACAUAAGAUGUACGCAAAUUGAUUGGUAAAUCACUCAAGCGAAAAAUAUUUCAGCAUUAACUCAUGCACAAACAAAUGAUAUGUAAAGAACUGACAUUUCAGGUAUUAAAAAGCGCGAUAGGAGCUUUUGAAACUACGUCUGUUACAGUAGACGUAAGCGUUAGUAGCAGAAAUUGGCCUACAGAAGGCAAUUGUAUCCGUUCAUAGAAAUGAUGAUUGGAAUAUUUAAUCAUGGAAGGUAGCACUCUGCAUUAGCUGGAUAAUUCGAAGGAAAGAGAAGGCAAUUGUUGUUCAAAUUAUCCAUAACCUCUUUGUCUACAACCAUUGCAUUUCCACAAUUACUUUCCUCCCAUUAAAUCCUUGUAGAACAUUUCAGGAGGAGCCAUCUGCAAUGUAAUCAAAAAUUUAAAAAAAAGGAUAUGAUAGUCGCAGUUCAGGGAUUUGAAACCUAUGGCCCCUGCGUUAUCGCUGCAGUGUUCUAACCAACUGAGCUAUGAGGACCAAUACAUUGGGAGCAGGCCUAUUUGUUAAGUUCAUUUUAACCCGUGAAAGGAAUGAAAGAUAAAAUGGAGAUGGUUUGAACUGCGGAAAUACGAAUUUUUUAUUUUCAAAUUUAUAGUCCUCUGUUCACACCAUCUUCAUUUUAUGUUUCAUUCCUUUCACGGGUUAAUCCUUAAUUUUUUUCUUGUUCGGGUUAAUUUGGAAUUGCUUAAAUUUCAAUUACCACAGCGACGAUCAUAUCUUCAUUUGAAUUUGUAUUUCUGCAGUUCGCAUCAUCUUCUUUGUCACUGUUACUGACAAGCUAUUUCAGUUAGGAAAACAAGGAAAAGUUUAUUAUUGUUCUCUAUUUCUAUACUGAGUGAGUUAAAGGCUUUCGUAGGCAUUUAAAAAGCAUUUUUCACGGCAAUCAAACUGGUACACGUACCUUGUUACAGAAAGGUAUUCCCUUGAAAUAGCCAUACAGAUAGCGACAAAUAAUUUGAUUUAAUUUAAAUUUGCCACUUUGUUUUUUUCUGAUUGGUUCCGAGAGCGGGCGGUUUAUCACCAUCUUGCCCGCUAAUCGGGGCUGAAUCAGUAGUCUAUUAGGGUCAAACUUAACCUCGUUGGUGCGUUCCCUUUGCGUUCCGUGUGCGUUCCCUUAAUUAAUAGGCAUAAGGGUCGAGUCUAUGACGUCACCCAUUGUUUUAUCCUAGAGAAAAAGAUGCGUUUCUUCAUAUUAAUUAAGUGCCUAUUCAGUGCCUUCCUCCAUACUGAUUGAGCACCUAGUCACUGCCUUCCUGCAUAUUAAUUAUGUGCCUAGUCAGUGUCUAGCUAGCUGGGUAAAAAUGCCUUCCUGCAUACUAAUUCGGAAUAGGUUUACUAAUUGACUAUUUUCCAAUUCCCCAUAAUGCACUCUGUCUGCCCCCCAAAUUUUGCAUAACUUAUUGUCUUAAAAUGCUCUUGGGAAAAUGCAAUACUCCCAGGAGCAUUUAAAAACAAUGGUUUAUGCAAAAUUUGGGGGGCAAACAGAGUNUGUUCUCUAUUUCUAUACUGAGUGAGUUAAAGGCUUUCGUAGGCAUUUAAAAAGCAUUUUUCACGGCAAUCAAACUGGUACACGUACCUUGUUACAGAAAGGUAUUCCCUUGAAAUAGCCAUACAGAUAGCGACAAAUAAUUUGAUUUAAUUUAAAUUUGCCACUUUGUUUUUUUCUGAUUGGUUCCGAGAGCGGGCGGUUUAUCACCAUCUUGCCCGCUAAUCGGGGCUGAAUCAGUAGUCUAUUAGGGUCAAACUUAACCUCGUUGGUGCGUUCCCUUUGCGUUCCGUGUGCGUUCCCUUAAUUAAUAGGCAUAAGGGUCGAGUCUAUGACGUCACCCAUUGUUUUAUCCUAGAGAAAAAGAUGCGUUUCUUCAUAUUAAUUAAGUGCCUAUUCAGUGCCUUCCUCCAUACUGAUUGAGCACCUAGUCACUGCCUUCCUGCAUAUUAAUUAUGUGCCUAGUCAGUGUCUAGCUAGCUGGGUAAAAAUGCCUUCCUGCAUACUAAUUCGGAAUAGGUUUACUAAUUGACUAUUUUCCAAUUCCCCAUAAUGCACUCUGUCUGCCCCCCAAAUUUUGCAUAACUUAUUGUCUUAAAAUGCUCUUGGGAAAAUGCAAUACUCCCAGGAGCAUUUAAAAACAAUGGUUUAUGCAAAAUUUGGGGGGCAAACAGAGUGUAUUAUGGGGAAUUGGAAAAUAAAGAAUGAGCGUCUCUCUACUUCAAUAGAAACAAUAGGCUUGCCUCGGCUUGCCCGUGAAGUAACUUGAGCUCGGUUUUCGGACAGUCUAUUAAAAGGAAAAUAGGAAUAAGAGAAGCGAUCACCCAGCAACGCGAGAAACGGCUUCCUAUAUCUUAUUUAUCGCUAAAACUCGGAUACAUAAACAAAACACAUACAGAAAGUAGAGUUGAAAAGUCUUUAUUUCAAUUUAGUUCAUGUGUUCUUUUCGACCCUUAUGCCUAUUAAUGAAGGGAACGCACACGGAACGCAAAGGGAACGCACCAACGAAGUUAAGUUUGACCCUUAUAGACUACUGGAAUCAUUGGCAGCGUCAUUCACAAGUUUGUUUGUUGUUUGUGAAUGAGCAAAAAACGUGUUUUUUUAAACCAUUUUUUUUUUUAAACUGGCGCCAUUAUUAGAAUAAGCUCGGGAAAGAUGAAUUUUGUUAUACGGACAAAACGUCUGAAGGUAGAAUAAAGCAAGUCCGCCAGGAAAACCGCUAAAGUAAAGCAAGACAGGCGGCUCGUGAUGUCGCUUCACUAACUUGCUUUAUAACCUACGCUGUAUUAAAGUACUGCAAUCUUGCUUUUAUGCACCGUUUAUUCGACAUUUUUGCCUUGUUUGUAGUUUUGUUUUCCAUUUUUGCCGUCUGAAUCUAGAUUCUGCUGUUUUUCAUUGAAUUUUGCCUCGCCAGUUUUCUACUUUUCAGAAAAGGUUAUUGUCAACGAUUGCAUUUAGUUUUCAAUCUUGAAUAAACAACACGAACAACUUUUCCAGCAGUCGGUUAUUAUCGCCUCUUUUUAUUUAUUUGUUUAUAUACUUGUUUUGUUACCCACAUCGCCUUUUUUUGUUCGAAUUCAUUUAAAAUCUUACGGUUUUGAACUAAUCUUAAAGUAAUUAUUCAGCCGAAGAAAAUCUUUGCCGUAUUUCCUUUGCUGUGGCUUUUAAUAUCAAGUUCGUCAAAUUUUUUAGCCUUGUUUGACACUCAGAUUUAUUCUAAAAGAGGGCUUAAUUGUGAUAAUAUAAAUUACAAAUUAAAAAUCCUGUUGUAAUGUUUUGUUUUGAGUUUGCAUUCGAUCGCGCGCUUCAUCAACACUAACGGCGCCCUUGUUUAACACAAAUAGGUUGGAGGCUGAAGUAAAAUUUUCCUGAAACCUGUAAAUCUCAGUAGGAAAAAAGCAACAAAUGUUAUUUACUGGCCUAGGUCGGUCCGUGUUGGGAAAACUGGUGUCUCGGUCCAAUAAGCCUACGCCUAAUCUACUGUGAUCAAGAGCCAUUAUGGCUCUUGAAUGUGAUCGAAGAUGAUUGCUAUAUUUUGGGUGUACAUAUAAAGCUAUCAACUCGAAAAUAACUUAGCCUUUCCCUCAAAACUCGCAUGAGCUAACCGAUUUGUGGGUUAGAAGUUUAUUGGUUGAUUUAAAGUAUAGUAUAUUAAUGGGUUAGCCCUGGCUAAAUCUUAUUAUUAUUAUUUUUUAGGGGUUGGGAAAAAGGUGAAGGUGCGUGAGCUCAUGGACAUAGCGUCAGCCAAUGAGGACGAUAAUCACGUGAUCCAAGUAAGAAAGUACGAAACUCUUCAAGAAGCUGUACAAAAAGCGGUGCAAAUAAAAGUUGGUGAGUUAAAUUUCAAAUAAAUUAGUCUUCAUUGUUAAUAUCCAUCAUUAUAGAAGACAGGUUUCAUAAAACUACUCAAUUGGGAUGGAUUAAUGAAUCUCCUUUAAAAGUAGUCAAAUUAUAAAAAGAGUCUUUAAGGGUUCGCUUGACCUUGCUUUCCGAGAACCCUAAUUCACUCUUCAAUUAUCGUCAAUCUCCUUUUUGCUACUACUCGCCUUUUUUUAAUUCGCUUUGCCAACUUGGAACCCGGAACAGGUGCAUCUAAACAAUGUAGUCACGUUUAUUUUCAAGUGCUUGUAUUCUUGAAUUGUGCAUUUACCCUCAAACGUUUCUUUAGGAAGGUUUAAAUUAAUAAAUAUAGCAUUCAUUGUUGAGGUAAUAAUCAGUUCGUUACCUUAAAAUUGCUGUAACAUCAUUGUGAAGACAAUUCCUUUAAUAGUUAUAGUCUCACAGAAUCAAUACGUUAAGUGUUGAGAAAGUAUGGCGCAGUGGUACAUCCUGAUCGAGGUGGGUGAUAAAUGUGUAAGCAAAGACGUUAAAAGGCGAAUUGAAGACAACUAUUUUAUAAAUUAAGUACUAAAAGUCGCGAAAAUGUUUAUGUUUACUAUAGCUGUUUUUUUAAUUCUUUAAAAAGACUAUUCCUCAUGCGGUGAGAGUGCUUACGAUUCAAGGGGCAGAAUCGUUGGAGGCAGUGAAUCUGAAAGAGGGAGGUGGCCGUGGCAGAUUGGAAUUUACAAAACCGAUAACAAAGGUAAGUGAUAAAGUUAAAAACAUCUAAAUAUUACAUGUAGGAUGUAGCUCAGUCGAAGAUCGAAAUAGAAUUACGAAAAAAAACUGGCAUUAAGACUACGGUUGGGAAGGGAGGAGGGCGUCAAGUUUUUCGCCAGGGUUUUUCAAAACGGUUUUUAUUCAGACAUUAUUUUCUUAAGUAGAUGAUAAUUAUUUUAUUCUUUAGACACAUUUUGGAGUUUGCCGUCCAGUUAUGUUUUUUUGUCCCCUGUGACCAUUUCUUAGAAAGGGCCCAUUUCGAUAUAAUAUUUAAAUUCUUGUUUGCCUACGAGGCUUUGGAGAAUAAAAUCAAUUUUUAUCAAUUGCUUUGUCUACUUGUAAGUAUUUAGCUUUAGUUGAGGUUGUUUCACGAGUUGCGUAAAAUCAUUUUACUACUUUGGCGUAUGUUAGCAAUUGUCAUGAAGUAUUCAUCCGACGGAAACGAUGUUCAUUUGGUGCAAUUCUGUUCAUGCUUAACGAAGUAGUCUAACCACUUUUUCUACGCGGCGCGCAUGAACUGUCCCUUUUGUUCUGUCAAUUAUCAGUGCAAUUGACGAUCACUGUAUUGGUUCCAUUCAUUGCUAUAGGUAGUGUUUACUUUAUUUUUUCAGGUAAUCUACCGCUUAUUUGCGGAGGUGCAUUGAUAUCUAAUCAGUGGGUUUUGACAACUGCUCACUGUUUUUAUUACUGGAAUCCCUUUUCGGGAAAAUACACUUUUGAGGACAGUACUAAAAAGUAAGUUUAUGCAGCUCUUCACAGUGUUUAUGCUCCAUCUGAUAAUAUGUUGAUCUUGAAUCAUAAAUCGGAUGGUAAAUAGACGUCAAGACACUUAGAAAGAUAAAUUAGUUUCGAUCAAGGAAACACGAAUAAGUUACCCUCUGAUUAAUUUGAGUCUAAAUUCUGUUAACACCUUUGAUUUUUUCGUUUUUGUCAUUCCUAAUUAUGAUAUUGGAAUCAUCAGAGCGUUAACGGACAGGAGCUGAAGCUACCGUUCUUGAGUCGUUUCCUCCGUCAAUUCCAGUGUUCAACAAUUUAGAAGACAAGAUCGUGUGCUUGCAAAUUAAAGUACUUGCUUCUUUACAAGUGAUUCUGGGGUUUUUUUUUUUUACUUUUCCAAAAAAAAUGGGUCCGGGUCGGGCGAUGGGAAACGAAACAUUUCAUGGGAUGGCCUUAGAGGCGAUUUUACACAGCAAACCAGAACGUUCGGCACGAAUUCGCCGCAAUUUAAGUCCUUCAAUUUUUUGCCUUUUAAAAAGAGUUCUCAGAAAAAAAAAAAAACAAGGUGAAGACGUGACGAUCUGAUAGACUUCUAACUUUAACUGAAGUUCAAAUGCUACAACUAAAUUACUGAGCCUUAUUGCAAGUACGGGAAAUAUGAAAACGAUAAGAAGCAUGAUGGAAACCGCACCCACGUAUGAGAUCUUUUGUUGCCUCGGCGACAAAGGUACGAGGGAGCGAACUCUUAGGUAGCAAUUUUUUUGGAUCAGGACAAGGAAAGAAAGUGAAGUGGGGUUUAUUGGUUUGUAGAAGCUUGUAGUAUUUCUAGUUACAGUCGCACCUCCACUAACGGCCAUUUCUCUACAACCGCCACCUCUCUAUAACGGCCACUUUAUUUUGUCGCGGCGGACAGACCAUACGUUUACUCCGGUUAUUUAAACCUCUCCACAACGGCCUGAUCUCUUGUCAAUCAAAUAACAUUGGUCCUGUUUAAUAGUCAAAUGUUUACCUAACUAUCUAAUAAUAAUAAUAGUCUUAAAAAUAAUAAUAUUUGCCUGUUUGCACUAAUUUUGUCUUUGUUGUCGCUCCUGUUGUUGCUGCUUGUUGAUGUGGAUGUUGUUUUCUUUUCUUUUUUUGCUAGUUUGUUUUCUCCUGAUUUCUCUUUUGGUUCAGUAUAUCUCUAACGUACCUUUAUAUACUUUUAAUAUUGUCCUGUACAUUAGUCCUAGGCUCUAGAAACAUUCUCUACUAUAUAUAAAGCUCAGUAUCAUUUCUUUGUUUUAUUCAAAAGUAGGUGGUGGUCAACUAGAAAGCUUUCGCUACUUUGACCACCACAGACAUCUUAUAACCCAUACUGUAGUUAUUUUAUUUUGUAAUCAUCUAUUGGUAACUACAUUUUUCUUUCUAUGUUAUUCUCGGUAAAUAGUGUGAAAUAAAUGAACCUAAACCUGAACCUGAACCUGAGCCACCUCUCUACAAUGGCAACGGCCACUAGCGCAUGUCCCCAACAGCUAAAAUAACCUCUCGACAACGGCCAGUUUUUUUUUUUUCCGCUACUGAUGCAAAAGUCAAGAAUGGUCACGAAUUGGCACGUUUAUGAUCAAUCGGGGCAAUCGUAUUUUGAUUUUGCCUCAUUUAUACAUGUACCGCUGCAGUAAGCAAAAAAUGUCUACUAUACUUAAGGCGAAUGUUGCGAACCUUGCUCGUUUUGUCACGUUAAGAUUAUGAUUCAAGACGUAAUUCAGGCUUUUUGUGUAUUAUCUCUAUACAUUAUAUAUGAUUGAAUUACCAUUAUUAUGGGACACAGUAAGCAUGAACUUAGCACAAAAAAAGCGUGUCGUCCUCCCUAAAAUAAAUAACAUAUUACACCCCUACCUCCCCAUAACUGUAGUAUGAGCGCGGCCUGGCAACGAACGCAUGCGCAAGGGGCGAAGGCAAUCUGCUCGAGGUCCUUUUCCUAAGCACUUUCACUAUUACUGUCUUGUACAAAAGGCCAAGACUAGAGCGGUACCCAAGUCUUAGAACAAUAGCGGCCACGGCCACCCGUCUGUCCCCAAGCUAGCCGUUGUGGAGAAGUUUGGAUGCAGUUGUAUUUUUUUAAGCAAAUGCGACGCAUGUAAUUAAAUAAAUCCACCCACAAGCCUUGCAUUAUCAGGGAAGGUAUAGGUGAUUUUAAUAUGUUCUUAUUCAUAUUUUAGGUAUGAGGUUAAGGCUGGUGACCACGACUUGACAAGUAUAGAGAAGUCAGAACAGAAAGUCCGUCUUGACAAGAUUUUUGUUCACCAAGGCUAUAAGCACACUAAAUACAUAAAUGAUAUAGCUCUCGUUAAACUCAAAGAAAAGGUGGAACUAAGUGCGUUUGUAAGAACUGUGUGCCUGCCAGAUAAAGUAGAGGGUGAUUUGGCGAAGCCUACGAAGUACGGUUCUGUCUGUGGCUGGGGAGCGACAAAGGCCUUGAAACCUGGGGACGAACCUGAAAAUGAUGACCGAUAUUCAACAGUUCUUAAAUACCAUUCUUACCAGAUUCGAAAAAAUCAGUUGUGUGCAAAUGCCACCACAGGAGUAGUACCUUUCAAUUCAACUGUAACAUUUUGUGCUGGUGACGGUAAAGGAGGAAACGAUACUUGUAAGGGUGACAGUGGCGGAGCCUUUGUUCGCGCAAGAAAAAGAGGAUGGAUUGCUACUGGCCUUGUAAGUUGGGGGGAGGGUUGUGCACAAGAGAAUCACUACGGAUACUACACAAGAGUCUACUCAUUUAUUGACUGGAUUAAAAAGACUCUCGAUAAACACACUGACCCAGAUGAGGAAAUUGUAUAG